AUGAAGGCAGUUGUAAUACUAUUCUUCUCCUCUCUUAUUAUCUGCUUCCACAAUUCCUUAACAGCUGACGACACCAUAAAACCAAACCAAACACUCCAAGACACCGGCCAAACUCUGGUCUCGACCGGGGAGAAAUUCAAAUUAGGCUUUUUCAGUCCACCGAAUUCCAAGGACCGCUACGGGGGAAUAUGGUUCAACAAUAUUGCAGAACUCACAUCCGUCUGGGUUGCUAACAGAGACACCCCUCUCACAGACUCCUCAAGUGUCCUCAAAAUCACAGAAAGCGGAAACAUAUUAAUUCUCAGCAACAAAACAGAGGACCCCAUAUGGUCCUCGAAUUCAUCAGCAAAAGACCCAACUUUGCAACUCUUAAACACAGGAAACCUCGUGGUUAAGGAUGGAAGUAAUGGAAAAUAUACAUGGCAGAGUUUCGACCAUCCCAGUGAUUCGCUCAUAGCAGGUAUGAAGCUGGGUUGGGACUUCAAAACUGGUCAAAAUUGGAAGCUGAACUCCUGGAACAACCUCUAA